CACUACAAAUAGGAGGUCUGUUUUGGGCUUUUGGCAAUGGAAUUGAGUAUGGAUGUAGGGAGAAGAUUCAGAAGAUGACAGGGCAAUUUGCCCACCGAUUUGAAAAUGUCUGCGGGUGAAAAAUUGUGCGUUAUGGUAUUUUGGGCUUAUAGCAUGUAACAUACGAUCAGCCGAACAAUCAUGAUCAGCCAUUCCAUCUCCUCCGGCCGGAACAGUCGUGGCCGUAUUAAGAGUUGGAUCUAAAAGACCCUACUCUCGGCUCUGCGUUUAGAAACUCUUGACCACUCGAUUGAUAUCAUGGCUUUCAAGACAACUUUUUGGUCUCCACAUGGCCAUUUGAUUAAUUAACCCGAGGCAGACUCGAAAAAACAGAGUCGAAACAAUGAGGGAGGAUGAAGACGACCCUCUGACUCUGUUAAUCCCACACCAUCAAGAAGACGGUAAUCUGAUCGAACGUACUUGGUCGGAGUCAAAGAAGCUAUGGCAAGUAGCUGCCCCAUCCAUCUUCAGCCGCCUCGCUAUGUUCUCCGUCACCGUCGUCACCCAAUCCUUCGCUGGCCACCUCAGUGACCUCGACCUCGCCGCCAUCUCCAUCGCCACCACCGUCAUCAUCGCCAUUACUUUCGGUUUCAUGCUAGGCAUGGCCAGCGCGCUCGAGACUCUGUGUGGUCAAGCCUACGGAGCUAAACAGUACCACAUGCUGGGGACAUAUCUGCAGCGUUCUUGGGUAGUUCUAUUUCUCUGCGCAGUGUUGCUUUUACCCCUAUUUGUGUUUGCUACGCCAUUGUUGAAACUCAUGGGACAGUCCGAGGUCGUGGCCGAGCAGACUGGUUUAGUUGCCCUCUGGUUGAUUCCAUUUCACUUGAGCUUCCCAUUUCAGCUGACACUGCAGAGAUUCUUGCAGAGUCAGCGAAAGACUGGAGUGAUUGCCUGGGUUUCUGGAGGGGUUUUGGCCCUCCAUGUGUUUGUGAGUUGGGUUUUUGUGUAUGAGUUGAGGAUUGGGAUUGUUGGGACUGCCCUUACUAUUGGUUUUGCUUGGUGGCUAUCGGUUUUGGGUUUGUUUGUGUACACUGUUUGUGGUGGGUGUUCGGAAACAUGGACUGGUUUUUCAGCUCAAGCUUUUGUUGGGCUCUGGGAUUUCUUUAAGCUUUCUUUGGCUUCUGGGUUCAUGCUCCUAUUAGAGAAUUUUUACUUUAGAGUUUUGGUGAUAGUGUCUGGGUAUAUGCACAAUACCAAGAUUGCUGUUGAUGCCCUUUCCAUCUGCAUGAGUAUCUAUGCUUGGGAGUCCAUGAUUCCACUAGGAUUUUUGGCGGCAGUUGGAGUGCGGGUAGCAAAUGAACUUGGCGCAAGCAACGCAAAAGGUGCAAAAUUUGCAACCACAGUUUCAGUCUUGACCUCCCUAGCAGUGGGACUUCUAUUUUGUUUAAUAAUAAUAGUCUUCCAUGAGAAGCUUGCAAUGAUCUUUACCUCCAGCAUUCCUGUUAUUGCUAUGGUCAAUGAUUUAUCAGUCUUGUUGGCAUUCACUAUUCUCCUCAAUUGCAUUCAACCAGUGCUCUCAGGGGUAGCAAUCGGAUCUGGUCGGCAAGCAAUAGUAGCUAUUGUAAAUAUAGGUAGCUACUACCUGGUUGGCAUGCCUGUUGGGGUUGUUUUAGGAUGGUUGCUAAUGUUUGGUAUCAAGGGCAUGUGGGCUGGAAUGAUCUGUGGAACUGUGGUUCAAACCUUGAUACUGAUCAUUAUCACCAUGAGAUGUGAUUGGGAAAAAGAGGCAGAGAGAGCUCGAAUUCACAUAACAAAGGAUACAGCUUCACCAUUGAUCUUUGCUCAAUGAUGAUACCAUAUGCUCUGGUCUGUUUGACCUUUUCUGUUCAAAAUAUGCGUGAUUUUUUCUACUGAUGCAUGCCUAAUUUGAAUGAAGCAAGGAUAAUUCCAGUAUAUCUUGACUGAGAUACUUUAAUUCAGUUCCUCCAGUACCAGUUUAUGAGGGCAAUGCUACAGUGGUGAUAUAGUAUAUGAUUUUGUUGUGAAAGAAUGAAAUCAGCUGUAGCCUUGUUAUCUACAGUAGUCUUCUCUAGCCGGACGCUGAUAUGAUAAAAGGGUUUACAGGAUGACACAAAUCUGGUGAUAUGAUGCAUGAACAUGACUGGUUGCAGCCUUGGAGGUGUCUGUUACGGUGUUACUUGUUGCUAUUUGCUUCUGCUUCCUUUUGGGAGCUGGGUUGCUAGAAUAGUAGAAAUUUUCUUUUGCUUCAUUGUUUCAUUGUUUCAUUGUUUCAUUGUUU